GAACUCCCCCGCGGUGAAGUUGGGAAGUUCUGUUUCCUUUAAGAGUUGGGUUGUUAGCCCGGGGAUCCUUGGAUUUUUUGUCAUGUUAUAGAGAGUUUGGAGGGACUUUUGCUGUUUUUCUUUUCCUAAGUUAUUUUUGAAGUAGUCCUUUGUUUGUAACAAAUAGGGGCCAGGUUGAUAAAUAUACUCAGGGUUUUCAAGCUGGGAAAGUUUUGAGUAACCCUUUCUGGUUUGUAGCAGUAUUUUUGGUUAGUAGGGUAAACUCAAAUCUAAUUCCUUUAAAAAUUUCUAAAUAAUUUCCUAAAAAGUUUUCUAAAAAUAAUUUUUUUUAAUUUUAAACAGAAGUCGAUGGUCUGUGCCAAAAAUUUUACUGAAAAUCAGGAUGUUAUAAAUCAUAUCAAUUUUACGCCUGAUGGAACACUUCUCGUAACUUCCUCAAAUGACGAUUCAAUUACUGUUUAUGAUUGUGCUAAUGGAACAAAGCAGCGUUCAGUUAAUUCUAAAAAAUAUGGAGUUGAUUUGAUUCAUUUUGCACAUACUCAUAAUGAUGCUAUUCAUGCAUCUACUAAAGUUGAUAAUACCAUUCGCUAUCUUUCACUUUAUGACAACAAAUAUUUGCGUUACUUUCAGGGACAUACUAAAAAAGUUGUGACUCUUUGUAUGUCCCCUGUGGAUGAUAUGUUUCUUUCUGGUUCUUUGGAUAAAACUAUUCGUCUUUGGGAUUUGAAAAGUUCGAAUUGUCAGGGUUUAAUGCAACUUUCAUCUCGACCAAUUGCUGCUUUUGAUCCAGAAGGUCUUAUUUUUGGUGCUGGAAUUGGUAACGAAGUUAUUAAACUUUAUGACCUGCGUUCUUUUGACAAGGGUCCUUUCAACACCUUCAAUAUUGGAUGUAAAGAUACUGGUUAUGAAUGGACUGGAAUGAAAUUUUCUCCUGAUGGAAAGUCAAUUCUUAUAAUGACAAAUGGUCCAAUUAUGCGAAUGGUUGAUGCUUACAAUGGAAAUCUAACUCAUACUCUUAGUAGGGAGAAUGAACAGAAGGCCAAUUUUGUUGCUACAUUUUCGCCGGAUGCUAAAUAUGUGUUUUGUGGAACUUCUAAAGGAGAAAUUAAUUGUUGGUCUGCUGAAUCUGGUCGUCUUGUUCAUACUCUCCAAACAGACCAUCCUAAUACAAUUGAACAAGUGACAUUUAAUCCCAAAUAUUUUAUGUUGGCAUCGGCUUGCAAACAAUUGGUAAAAAAUUGA